CUCGGACGACUACGACGACGACGACUGCCCCAUACCGCUGUCUCACGUCUCCGCGCCGCACCGCUCCGACACCUCCUCUCCCGGCGACGUCGACUUCUCCUCCUCGCUCUCGCGCGCCGUCCGCCACACCCCGCUCGCCGACGUGCGGCUCCCCGCCUCGCCCGAGGGACGCUGCUCUAAGAUACUCGAGGAGAAGAUCGCCGAGUUGCACCGGAAGAAGUCGCGCGACGCGUCGGCGGCCGACCUCAACCGCCUCAUCCAGCAGCGCAAGGACAUCCGCAACCCGAGCAUCUACGAGAAGCUCAUCGACUUCUGCAAGAUCGACGAGUACGGCUCCAACUUCCCGCCGGACGUGUACGACCCGCGCGGCUGGCCCGACGCGGCGUACUAUGAGGAGCUGGCGCGAGAACAGAAGGCCGAGAUGGACCGCAGGGAGCGGGAGCGACGCAAUGAUCGCACCAAGGUCGAGUUCGUGACCGGCGUGAAGAAGGCAGCCGCCCCCGGGGAGCUGACGGGAGACGAUCCUCUAAAGAAACGGAAGAGCAAGUGGGACCAGACGGCCGCGCAGACUCUGCCGGGCGUUGCCGUGACGACGACGGCGUCUGCCGUGCACAAGACUCUCAUUCCGGGCGUCGGACUGCUGAGCAAGAAGAAGUAGUCAAGGUCGUGUCGAGGUCACAUCAAGGUCGUGUCGAGGUCACAUCAAGGUCGU